GUUCUUUUCAAAAUGUUCUCUAAUUGCUUUAAUACAGUAUUUAUUCUUAUUAUCAUUGCUCAAUUCAUUCAAUGUCAUGAGAUACACUCUAGUAGUUAUCACCAAGGACACCAAUCCCCUAAAACGAUAUCACCAAGUGAUAUAGACACUUCAGAUUCUUUUGCUGGUCAGUUUUUCGAUAGCUUAAAGGCGCUCAAAUCAAGCACUCAGCUCAAGAAAGAAAGAGACUCAAAAAAUAGGGUAUGGGACAAGCUUGAUAGGGGUAAUCGACGCAACAGCAAAUUACCUACAGGUGUUUCACUGCUCCCUUUAUUGGAUUUCCCAGGAGGCUUAUUUGGUGAUAAACAACAAAGCACUGGACCACACGUGCCUUCAUGUUACAGGAAUGGUAAAGUGACUCUCUCUCAGUAUUGGAUACCCAAGGAAAACGAAUGGGAUGAGACACCAAAUGGGAAGCGUAUCUUCUUGGGAGGUAAUAUCAAAAGACCUUUGCUCGACAAAAAGAACGACACUAUUGCCCUGGUUCCAGCAGCCAUGUAUGAUAAGUGCAACCUUGAAGGAUUCUGCUUAUUAGAAAACGGAGACCUCAUCAACUUACAUAACCAAACAGAUCGAUUUGUGAGAGUGGGAGGCUAUGGGCGUGCUCAUAAUGUAUUUGGUCUAGGAUCUGGAGAACAAAAUUUGGUUCCGUAUGUGAGCGUAGCAGCAAAUGACCUUCCCUAUGGACAAACGCUUUACAUACCUCAGCUAGACGGUUUAAAAUUGGGUGAUGGUCAGAGACAUAAUGGAUGCGUAAGAGUAGACGAUGAUAGCUGGUCUUUUGACUCAUGUCAAAUUGACUUUUUUGUGCCAACUUAUGUGGACUAUCUAUGGUUAGAUAUCAAGAGCCGUGCCUCAGUCAAAAUCGUAGAUUGUGAAGUAAAGAAUUACAUAACAACAGCACAUCUACAGUCUAUAAUGGCAUCCACUGAUGUGAAUAUUAUUCCUUCUUUACUGAAUGCAAAAUAUAGAAAAGAAUAAGGCCGUUGAUUGUACCUUAUAGCUUUUAUCCUAAAUUAAAAAUAAAGUUCAAAAAGUUUAACAUAUAGACGCC